AUGAUCUUUGCUACAAACGUAUGGCGGGGAUCCGUCUCCAAACGAAUGAUAGUUACAAUAAUGAUAUUCGUCGCUUGCACAGCAUCGUUCAUGUUGCGUGUUCAUAUGUCGAUUAAUCUCCUGGCAAUGAUACAACCCAUUGCUACUACUCCCUCCAACAACACUAUCGUAUUGUUGAACAACACAACCUCUAUCUCCUCAGUUUCCCACAGAACAGCGAAUGAGACAUUCACUCCAGAGGCUAGCCUUUUCGUUCCUGUGCCGGUGGUACCUGACUAUGGCAUUCGUUACGAUUGGAACCAAAACAUGCAGAGCCACAUCUUGGGAGCUUACUUCUACGGUUACUUAUUAACGUCACUUCCUGCUGGCCCACUGGCGGAACAGUACGGUCCUCAGCGCCUGAUCGGAUACUCAUUUCUUCUCAGCGCUAUUGUCACCGCCCUUUUCCCUCUAUUUGCCGCCAUCGAUGUGUGGGCUGUUAUUGCGGGGCGCUUUCUGAUCGGUUUGCUCAGCGGAUGUGUUUAUCCUACACUGCACAAUGUAAUAUCGCGCUGGAUCCCACCGAAUGAAAAAAGCAAAGCUGUUGCCUGUAUUGCAGGCGGAAGUACCUUCGGAACUGUGGUAACAUGGCCAUUUGCUGGCCUGUUAACAGAACACUUCGGUUGGGUGUAUGCAUUUUAUGUUCCAGCAUUUCUUUCUGCACUGGUCGGUGUUAUCUGGUUCUGGCUGAUUGCCGAUGCUCCGAGUGAACAUAAAACAAUUACAAAGGAGGAACGAGAUCUCAUCGAAGCAUCCUUCGGCAAUACAAUCUCGAAAACAAAGACAAAACCACCGCUGGUACGAGUGGUCACCUCGCUGCCAUUCAUAGCACUCGUUCUGUCCCAUUACAGCAGCUUUUGGGGCCUUAACUUUUUCGUUACACAGGCACCGAAGUUCAUUAAUGAAGUGCUUGGCUUUAAUCUGACCAACGCCGGUUUCCUUUCCAGUUUGCCCUACUUGGCACGCAUGUUUUCUGGAUUUUUCUUCGGUUACAUUGGGGAUUCCUUAAGGCGAAAGGAAAUCAUGCCCGUGACUACUUUGCGCAAAUUUUUCAUCAUAUUCUCACAUUUCCUGCCGGGCGCCUUCCUGAUUGCACUUCCUUUUAUUGGACAGGAUCCCAUCGUUACCGUUUCAUGCAUAAUUGCCUGUCUCGGUUUUAAUGGUGCCUCAACCAUUACUAAUUUGGUUAAUGCACAAGAUUUAGCACCAAACUUUGCGGCCACUCUGUACGGAAUGAUGAAUUUCCUUGCAACAACAGCAGGCUUUCUGGCCCCAAUGGUUGUAGCGUUUUUUACCAAGGAAAGGAACACAAUGGAGGAAUGGAAGUAUGUGUUUCUUCUGACUGCCAGCUUCUAUAUUGUAUCCGGUGUAAUUUUCAUUCUUUUUGGUUCCGGGAAAGUGCAGAAAUGGAACGAAAUUCAAGAGCAAAAAAUGACAGAACCGGCAGAACCCGAAGAUCAGAAUGUAAAAUUAUAA